GCUCUGAUGUUUAAACGUUAGAUUCGUUGUUGUUUCUGCUGCUGGAGGAGAAAAGACUUGGUGUUUAAGCGCGAGCGAGCAUCCAUACAUAUAAGCCGCUGUGGCCAUGUUAUUGAUUCGCGGUGAAGGUGAAACGAGUGAUGGCGCAUUGUGGCGUUUAUCUCCUGAGGAACAGGGACCGUGUGAGUCGAGUGAUUCUUCCCAUCUCUGUGGAUGAGUAUCAGGUGGGUCAGCUGUACUCUGUGGCAGAGGCCAGUAAGAAUGAGACGGGUGGAGGAGAAGGAGUGGAGGUGCUAAAGAACGAGCCCUAUGAGAAAGAGGGAGAGAAAGGACAGUACACACACAAAAUUUACCAUUUGCACAGUAAAGUGCCGACAUACAUCAGAAUUUUGGCUCCGUCUUCUGCUCUCAGUAUUCACGAGAAAGCCUGGAACGCGUACCCGUACUGUUGCACAGUUCUCACUAAUGAGUUCAUGAAAGACAACUUCAUGAUCAAGAUCGAGACGUGGCACAAACCUGACAUGGGACAACUUGAAAAUGUUCAUCGUUUGGAUGCAGAGACUUGGAAGAAGGUGGAGGUCGUCUAUAUUGAUAUUGCAGACAGAAGCCAAGUGGACCAGAAGGACUUUAAGGAGGAGGAGGAUCCAUCUAAAUAUAAGUCAGUGAAGACUGGCCGAGGCCCUCUACGACCAGACUGGAAGAAGGAGCUCCCUAACACCUCCUGGCCUCACAUGUGUGCCUACAAACUGGUCACUGUCAAGUUCAAGUGGUUCGGGCUUCAGAAUAAAGUGGAGAGUUUCAUUCAGAAGCAAGAGAAGCGCUUGUUCACUAACUUCCACCGUCAGCUCUUCUGUUGGAUGGACAAGUGGAUCGAGUUGAGCAUGGACGACAUUCGCCGUAAGGAGGACCAGACACGUGAGGAGCUGGAGGAGAUGAGAGUUAAGGAUCCAGUGAAGGGAAUGACGGCGGCAGAGGACUGAGGCUGAGUCACACUGUGAAUGCUGCUGCUGCUGCUGCUGCUGCUGCUGCUGCUGCUGCUCAUCAGACCAGAAUACCCAGACACCAGCGGAUUCACAUCCUCCUCCUGCUCCACCUGACCGGCCGGUCCUAACUCUACAAUCUGGUUUUUCCGGGAGCUGAUCUCCAUCCCACUGUCCUCCCAUCUGCCUUUGUUUGUUUGUUUGUUUCCUUCAUUUUACUGUAAUAACUGAGGCCUCAGUAGCAACACUUUAGAUCAGUCAGUCAGUCAGUCAGUCAGUCCCCUGUCUGUCUGUCUGUCUGUCUCUCUCCCUCCCUCCCUCUCAGUCUUUAAAGUGUUCUAAACCACAGAGAAUAUUGUCAUUUAUUCUCUCUGCAUUUUAGGAUUGAUUGAUUUAUUAAGAUUUAUUAAGAUAUUCCAGUGUGUGUAUAUACAGAAUAAUUGUAUUUAAAUAUAUAUAUAUAAACAGGGUUUUUAAAGAUGUCUUUUAGUUUUGUGUGUAGAUGUUUUUUCUUCCAGCUCAGUCUGCACCUGCUCAGUGUUUCUUUCUUCAUCAUCAUCAUCAUCAUCAUCAUCAUCACUGCUGCCUCCUCCUCUUCUCCGUUUGUUGAAGUUGGUGUUUCCUUUUUUUUUGCUCAAAUUAAUUAACACACUUGCAGUUAUGAGGUCACACUGGUGUUAAAUCUGCUCAACGACCGCCUUUUAUUUUAUGUUGAUCUGCUACUACUUGUGUGUGUGCGUGCGCUCGUGUGUGUGCGCUCGUGUGUGUGCGUGGUUUUUAAAGUUUCCAGCUCGAUGUUUUCAUUUCUCCUUCAGCCUUUUUAAAACCUGACUGCUUCAGAGUGCAGGAAGUGAAGAUAAUCUUAUAAAUUCUAAAAGUAUAAAGCAAUGUUCACACACACACACACACACACACACACACACACACACACACGGAAGGAAUGAGUGAAAAUGUAAAGUAGACGAUUAGAACGCAGUGUUUUUCAUGUCGUCUCUGUUUCCCUGUCAUUCCUCCAGUGGAUAAACGGUAUUAUCCAGUGAUAGCAAUAACUACCAUGACACAAAUAAUAUAAAUAUAUGUAUUUUACAGUCUGUUCCCGUCACUGCUGGAGUGUUGGGUAAAUGCAUGAGUCUACAUGAGUUUAUUUUUAUUUUUCAUUUUCAUAUUUCACAGUGUGGAAACUUUAAAGAGCACGCAACACACACACACAUGUAGAAAUGCAGACGUUAAACUUCAAUGUUUUUGAGUGGAUUUCACACGUUCACCAUUUAACUGAAUAAAGUAGGUUUGUCCUUUUAUUGCGUUUAACUAAAGCAAGCAGAGACAAAGCACAGCAGCCAGUUUAUUCAUUCAAAUUUAAAAUUUCCUUUUUAAAAAAACUUAAAUAGAUAGUGCGGCUCUCUGGGAAUUAUUCCUCAUUGUUUCAUCUUUCUGUGACGUGUGAUGUCAUCAUUCAUGUCCUCAGAGGAAACGUCUGUUGUCUCCUCUUUAAAGAAGCGGCUCCACACGUCUGUGUCUGCGUCCAUUAAACAUCUGAGUCAUGGAGCUCCGUGGAUGUACUGACUUUAUGUACUGACUUUGUAAAUAAAUCAGUGUAGAUGAACACAUAAAUAAAUCUAUAUAAAUAAAUAAAUAUAUAUAUAUAUAUAUGUAUUGACCAGACUGUCCUGCCAAACCUGACCAAACCCUCUCGUUCCAUCCUGAAACACACACACACACACACACACACACAGUGAGGACGUGUUGUAGUUGUAGUCGCUGACGACCGCGUCGUGUCAGCUGUAGACAUAAUAAAUGUAUUCUUACACAAGGUUUUAGUGUAAAAGUGGUGAGAAAGGAGCGGAGUGAGGAAAAACAAAAAAAUAAUAAAAACCCUGUUGACUUCUUCCUGGUGUCUCGUGGACAGGACAGUGUAUAGAUAUCUAUUUUUGUUCUGAACGUUGUUCCUCUUGUUGUCUUUGAACUCUCACUGGAAAUGAAACUUGGUGUAAACAACAACAGAUAAAAGGCAGCUUGGGUCAGUUCACUGAUCCACAGAAUCAACUUCAGAGGCAGUAGAAUUCUUUAAAGAGCCUGGUGACACGUUUCAAACCAGAGAUCAUCUGUUAUUUUAUAAUCCGAGUGUAAAACCAAACGAUUCCCAAACUGUUUUUAAACUUAAAUCUCUCUCUGUGUCUGUUUCUCUCACUUAUGUUCAAUUGUCUCCUGUUUUUCUUUCUUUAAUUGUGAAUUUCAGUGUCUUUUUGCCAUCUUCCAAUAAAUCUAUUGUACAUUGGAGAAAUAAGAAGUGAAUAAAAAGAAGCAGAGCAACUGUA